AUGCUUUUAAUGAGCCAACUUACUGAGGCUGUCAGUCUGACUCUCCAACUUAGCAGGCCUGAGAAAGAACUACCUUACUUCCUCCUCGAAAAUCCUCUAAUCUCCUCGACUGUUGUUCCUUCUGCCAGCUCUGAUCCGCAUACUUCAGCUAACACUGUUUCAGGUGCUAAUGUGACUUGCGGAAAUCCUGUUUUAGGCGUUAUUAGCCAGCCUUGCGGAGAAACAUUCUUUCGCCGCCUCGGUGCGAUCAGGCGCAAACCCGGCUUGGCUGUGACUGCUCCUUCGACUACUUUAACUUCUAUACCAUCAUUAUCAGUACCUCCUUCCACAAUAGAUUCAACUAUUGGCAACGAAUCCUGUGUUACUCUCCCUAGUACCGGCUGUGUUUCCUCUGUUUCUGCCGCCUUUUCAUCUUCUUGUUCGUCCCUUUCUGAUUUGGACCAUCCUCAUCAGCAUCGCCACUCCCUCCGCCACCAUAAUCAUAAUAUAGCAUCGGUGCCUGUUUCCCUUUCUCCCACACCAUCUGUCAACCUUCAUCCGACGACUAUAUGGCUCUUGGCCAAUCGCCGCAUGGCACAGCGGCGACAUCUGCGUAAUCGACUCGUCGCUUUGCAGCGUCGCCGUUUAGUUACUGGAUUUCUCAAUCGUCUAAAGAGUCGUUCUUUUAUUCGACUGGUGCCUGACGAGCCGGUGCACACUCCAGCUCAUAGAGAAUGCCAAAUGAUCAAUCAUAUUCGGAUUCAGGUCGAACCGACUUAG